GCUCUCCUCCACCCUUGUUCCACCACCGCAGAAUAUAAUACAAUUGUAGAAGUGCGAGCGAGAGAGAGAGGGAGGAGGGAUGAGGGUGGGCGUGGUAAUGGCGAGCAGAGGCGCCUUCGCCUCCGCGCUGCCAAAAUUCCGCAGCAAACCCGGGAUCAGAUGCUCUUCCUCUCUCUUUCCUUCCACCUCCACCACCACCUCUGAUCAUAUUUCUUUCAUUAAAGAUGUUGCUGCAACAAGACCUCCUGAGCAUCUUCCUUACUUGUUGAACAUCCUCCAAGCACGAGGUGAAACAAUUGUUUCUCCUGGAGCCAAGGAAGGAUUGAUUCCCCUUGUUAUUCCACUAUCAGAAAGCUCAUCAGGUACUUUGACAUCAUUACUUAGAUGGCCAACAUCCCCACCAGGGAUGGAGAUGCCCGUUGUGGAAGUUCAUAAGCAUGGGGUCUGGCUUUUGGCAAAGAAUGUAGAUCAAUUUAUUCAUAGAAUCCUUGUUGAGGAAGAUGCCAGCAACCAUCAGGGAAGUAAUGACAAGUUAUGGGAUGCUUCAUCUGAUGCUGGUAGAAAGCUUUAUAAGAAGGGUGAUCUUGUGGAGUCUGGAAUUGCUGAUGUUGAUACGUAUCUGCUGAAGAAGGUUGGACUGUUUCCAGAUCUUAUAGAGCGGAAAGCAUCAUGUCAUUUGGAGAAAGGGGACCAGUUCCUUGUAAAGGUUUCUGCCUUGGUUACUGGAGAGUUCUAUACAAGGAAUCAUUUUCCAGGAUUUGGACGACCUUUUAUAGUCCAUGCAGUGCUUUUGCUGAAGGUUGGGCGUAAGCUUGAAGCCAAAGAUGCAGCCCGGGGGGCACUAAAGUCACCAUGGUGGACACUGGGUUGUACAUACCAAUUGCAUGCUUCUCCUGCUCAGGAAGCUGCUGAGAUUGCAGAAUGGGAGGAUGAACAAAUCGAGUAUAUAAAGGAGAAAGUGACUGAAGAGGGUAGGCAGGAAGAUCUGAAGAAAGGAAAAGCACGAGAACAGGUGGCUCUUGAUGAAGCUGCAUUUUUGUUAGAUUUAGCUUCAGUUGAUGGCACCUGGGAUAAGGCUGUGGAUCGAGUUGCUGAAUGUUAUAGGGAGGCUGGACUAAAUGAUAUUGCAAGGUUUAUCCUGUGCAAAGAGUAAAUUUUGGAUGACCUGUUUAUAGGUGACUGAGAGAUCCAUUGGAGAGCACAAGAACAAGUUGGAAAAGCAUUAAGUGCAAGCAAUCAAACAUGGCAUGAUUCUUAAAUUUUGUGAAUGACUAUUUAUCGAGCCAUCAAAUGAAGCUGGCUGCAGUGCUCCAAGAACAGGACAAAAAGAUUUACUGCUAACCUUAUUUGUUUGAUCACUACUGGAAUUGAUUUCCAUUAUGUUUCUUAGAGAUGGUUGAAUUAAAUGUCCUUUUUUAUGCAUGGGAAGUGAUAAAAAGUAUAUGUAUGAAUGAGAUAUUAAAGCAUCAAAUAUUUAUUCAAAUUGAACUGAAAGCUAAUUUCUGGUGAU